GUCUCUGAAGGUUAGAAUUAGUCUCAGAACACAAAAACCUCUCUAAUAAAAAAAACGAUUAUAAUAUAAUUUGUGAUUUGUGUGUAUUUAAUGUGAAAAAGUAGGUUAUUACUUACAUGUGAGAUUGAUUGGUUCUUCAUUUCACAAUUAACUUUUGGUGAAUUAGGCUGAGAAAACCUCAGUUCUCUGCAAGUUCCGAUUCGGAGGAGCCGUCGCUGGACGACUCCUCUCUCCGCCUCUGCUAGUCACCUUUGAUCAUAGCCGAUGAGAAUUAUAGCAUUUUGUCCUCGGGUGCUUGAGGUGAUUUGAAUUUGAUGGAUUCAAAUAAUUGGAGACCUAAUCAAGGUAAUAAUCCCACUAUGGAUACAAACGAUUGGAGAGCUCAACUACCACCUGAUUCACGCCAAAGAAUUGUCAACAAAAUAAUGGACACAUUAAAAAAACACCUUCCUCUUUCUGGUCAUGACGGAAUGAAUGAACUACGGAAGAUUGCUACAAGGUUUGAAGAAAAGAUUUUUACUGCUGCAACAAGCCAGCCUGAUUAUCUACGGAAAAUAUCUAUGAAGAUGCUUACAAUGGAGACUAAAUCCCAAAACACCCUGGCUAACAAUCAAGUUGGCACUAGCAAUAAACCUACAGAUCAAGGACUUGUUUUGCAGCCUCAAGUUCAUAAUCUUGGGCAACAACAUUCUGUUCCUUUGCCUAGUCAGAUGCAGUCACAUCAGCAGCUUCUAUCUCAAAAUGUUCAAAAUAAUGUUGCAUCGCAACCUAACCUUCCACCUGUAUCUAGUCUAGCCCAGACUCCCAGCCAAAAUAUUGUCCAGAACUCUAACGUACAGAAUAUACCUGGGCCAAAUUCAGUUGGAAGCACUAUUAGCCAAAAUUCCAACUUACAGAGUAUGUUUCCUGGUUCUCAGAGAACAAUGCCAGGAAGGCAGCAGGUUGGUCCCCCACAACAACAGCUGCAAUCACAGAAUCCACAGCAAUUUCUUUACCACCAGCAGCAGUUACUGAAGCAGAAGCUCCAGCUUCAUUCUCAGAUACAGCAGCAGCAACAACAGCAAAGCCUUAUGCAACCAAAUCAGUUGCAAUCUUCUCAUCAAUCUACUAGUGUUCAACAGUCAAUGCAGUCAAUGCCUCAGCAACAUUCACAAGUUAUGAGGCAUCAACAACAGACUUCUAUGGUACAUCAACAACAAACACCAGUCACUCAACAGACAAUCUUACCCUCACAACAGCAACAACUUAUGGGACCUCAGUCAAAUACAACAAACAUGCAACAUUCCCAAAUGCUUGGGCAACAGAACAAUGUUGGUGAUAUACAGAAAUCUCAGAGGAUGCUUUCACAACAAAGUAAUCUUACAAGCCUGCAACAGCGACAACAGUUAAUAAAUCAGCAAAACAACCCAGCAAAUGUACAUCAACAACAAUUGGGAAAUAAUGGCCCUGGGUUACAGCAGCAGCAUUUGCUUGGACCUGACUCUGGCAAUGCAGACAUGCACACAAGUCAUCACUCUGCACACAUGCUGCAACAACCAAAGGUUCCAAUGCAGCAACAAUCACAACAAAAUUCGUCAAAUUUGUUGUUACCUCAUUCACAGCAGUCACAGCCACUGGGUUCACAACAGCAAUUAAUGUCUCAGAUUCACACUCAGCCCACACAGUUGCAACAGCAAUUGGGCUUGCAGCAGCAGCAGCAGCCAAAUCCCUCACAACGUGAUAUGCAGCAAAGAAUUCAAACAUCAGGAUCCUUACUUCAACAACAAAAUGUUCUUGAUCAUCAAAAACAGUUGUAUCAAUCUCAAAGAAAUCUUUCAGAAACAUCAGCAACUUCUCUGGACUCUACAACACAGUCUGCACAACCUAGUGGAAAUGAUUGGCAAGAAGAAGUUUACCAGAAGCUCCAAGCCAUGAAAGAAAGUUAUUUGCCAGAUAUGAAUGAAUUGUACCAAAAAAUUGCUAAUAAACUUCAGCAGCAUGAUUCUCUUCCCCAACAGUCCAAACCAGAUCAGCUUGAUAAGAUGAGGGCAUAUAAAAUGAUGUUGGAGAAUAUGAUGACAUUCGUACAGAUUCCCAAGAUCAGCAUUUUGCCUCACUACAAGGAGAAAUUGGUACCAUAUGAGAAGCAGAUUGUAGGUCUCCUAAAUCAAAGUAGACCCAGGAAAGGACAGAUUCCCCAAACCCAUAUGUCCUCCAUGCAACAGCCCCAAUCCCAAGUUACGCAAUUACAGUCUCAUGAAAAUCAAAUGAACUCUCAGCUGCAGUCAACAAAUUUACAAGGUUCUGUGCCAACCAUGCAGCAGAAUAAUAUUGCAACCUCUCAGCACAAUCCUUUGUCGGGUGUAUCAGCAGGACAGCAGAAUAUGAUGAAUUCGAUGCAACCUGGAACUAGUUUAGAUUCUGGACAAGGAAAUUCUGUGAACUCCCUUCAACAUGUUCCAAUGAACUCCAUGCAACAAACUCCUGUCAGUACUCCUCAACUACAGACUAACAUUAAUUCCUUACAAUCACAAGGUGGGGCAAAUGUCAGUCAACCAAAUUCCCUUCACUCAGGUUCCAGUGCACUUCAACACCAACUGAAACAUCAGGAACAGCAGAUGCUGCAGAAUCAGCAAUACAAACAAUAUCAUCAGCAGCGAAUGUUGCAGAGGCAGCUCCUUCAGCAGCAGCAACUACACCAUCCAGCGAAGCCACAGCUAUCUGCACAAUUGCAAACACAUCAAAUGUCCCAGCUUCACCAAAUGAAUGAUAUAAAUGACUUAAAAAUGCGACAAGGAAUUGGUGUUAAGCCAGGGGUCUUUCAACAACAUCUUACAUCAGGUCAACACUCAGCAUAUUCCCAUCAACAGCUGAAACAAGGGAAUGCAUUUCCUGUUUCUUCACCCCAACACCUUCAGGCUCCAUCUCCGCAGAUUCAGCAACAUUCAUCUCCCCAGGUUGAGCAACAAAAUCAUCUCCCGUCUAAAACUAAAGUUGCAACUCCUCUGCAAUCUUCUAAUUCACCCUUUGUAGGACCUACCCCUUCACCUCCUUUGGCUCCAUCUCCUAUGCCAGGGGAAUCUGAGAAGUCCAUUCCCUGUGUUUCAUCAAUAUCGAAUGCCACAAAUAUUGGACAUCAACAAACAGGGGGUGCAGUAGGACCACCUCAAUCCCUUGCCAUUGGGACUCCUGGGAUUUCAGCGUCUCCUUUAUUGGCAGAAUUCAGUGGUCCGGAUGGUGCGUAUGGCAAUGCUUUAGCUGCCACUUCUGGGAAGUCAACUGUUACAGAGCAGCCUCUUGAACGCCUAAUUAAUGUGGUAAAAUCAAUGUCAUCUAAAGCAUUGAGUGCUGCUGUCAGUGAUAUUGGUUCAGUUGUCAGCAUGAAUGAUAGAAUAGCAGGAUCAGCUCCAGGUAACGGAUCCAGAGCAGCUGUUGGUGAAGAUUUGGUUUCCAUGACUAAUUGUCGCCUUCAGGCUCGAAAUUUCAUUACCCAAGAUGGUACCAAUGGAAUUAAGAGGAUGAAACGUUACACAAGUGCUAUACCCUUGAAUGGUGUAUUAUCUGCUGGUAGCAUGAAUGAUAGCAUCAAGCAGUUAACUGCUUCGGAGGCUUCUGAUCUAGAGUCAACAGCAACAUCCAGUGUCAAGAAACGGAAAAUCGAGGUUAACCAUGCCCUUUUGGAAGAAAUAAGGGAGAUUAAUCACCAACUUAUCGACACAGUAGUAGACAUAAGCAAUGUUGAUCCAACACCUGCUGUUGCCGCUGAUGAAGGAGCAGAAGGAAUCCUUGUCAAAUGCUCUUUCAUUGCUGUGGCUCUCAGCCCUAGCUUAAAAUCCCAAUAUGCUUCAGCGCAGAUGUCACCUAUUCAACCCCUGCGUUUAUUGGUCCCUGCAAAUUAUCCUAAUUGUUCUCCCAUACUCCUAGACAAAUUUCCAGUUGAAUCCAGUAAGGAGAAUGAAGAUCUUUCGGCGAAGGCAAAGGCAAAGUUUAGCAUUUCUUUGCGCAGUUUAUCACAACCUAUGUCACUUGGGGAUAUAGCAAGGACUUGGGAUGUUUGUGCUCGCAGUGUUAUUUCUGAGCAUGCCCAACAGAGUGGGGGAGGAAGCUUCAGCUCUAAGUAUGGAACUUGGGAGAAUUGCUUGACCACAAACUAAUUUCCAUGCACCUUUUUCUUUCACCCUAGAAGUUGCUGUCAAACAUUAUCUUUCUAUUUAUAAGUAAUAAUUGUUGACGUAGAUAAAUGCCUAGUUAUGAAUAGCCACACCAUGGGGUUUGUCAUUAUGUAUAUACUUUUUUUUCCAUUUGUCUAGGUAAUAAUCAUGAUUAGGCCGUAUUAGUAAAAUUACAUAAAGUAUAAUCGUAUAUGAAGCGGAAAGUUAUUCUAAUAAUUGCUUUCCUUUUCUGUUUCAGUUUAGCUUUAUAAUGGUUAAAUUUUGAUAAGUUGAAAUUGAUUUUUUCCUGUAAGCAGUAGACCUUAGUUUUUGCUUUUAAUUCCUUUCAUGUAUUGAUCAUUCCAGUAAUGUUGUACAGAGUAUCUAUUCCUAAUGUAGAAGUGUUGUUGGUUAUUAA